CGCCGCGCUGCGGGCGCGGCGGAGUCGGCGGCGCCGGGGCCCGGCGUCGUCGUGCAGCAGCACGUGGAGGUCCACGUGCACGUCGGCAGCGGCGUGGACGCCGCGCAGGCCGGGCGAGCAGCCGCGGAGGCUGCCGUCGCGGCCGCCGCCGACGCCUCGCGCGCGGCCUUCGCGGCGCCUGGCGCGGCCUGCGCCCCCCCGGCCGAGGACACCCCUUGCGGGGCCGGCGCUGCGCCGGCCAAGGAGGCGCCCGCGUCGGGCGCGGCGGCCCCGGCGGCGAAGCGUGCCGCCCGGCCGACUCCUCCUCGGGCCGCGCGGACCGAGCGCUGGGCCUACGCGGUGUGGCAGCACCCUCUGCGGCCGGAGCUGCGCGGGGUGCACUGCGGAGGCGGCGAGGCUUGGCGGGCGCUGGCGUCGACGCUGCCUGGAGGCCGAUACUCGUUCGCCUCGGGCGUGCGGCUGCGUCGCUUCGCCGACGAGGCCGAGGCGGUCGCCGGCUACGAGCGCGAGGCGGCCCGGCACGGAGCCCCGUCGCCGGCGCCGCUGUUCGACGCGCUCGAGCCCCGCCGCUCGGAGUACGAGUGGGAGCUGCGCGUGGCCGAGCUGACGGACGACUACAUGCCGCUGCAGGUGGACGUCACCACGGUGCAUCCGGGGCUGGAUACGGGCGGCGUGGGCAUCUCCGUGCCGAUCGUGCCCAUCCGCAAGAGGGGAGGCGUGUUGACUAUCGCCAUCCCGGCCGCGGUGUGCCCCUGGCUCAGCCCGCACUUUGCGGCCCUGGGCGAUCCCAUCCACUUCCUGCCCGCGAACGACGGCCAGAUGGCGACGGUGGCCCUGGUGAGGAUCAGCUCGGAGGGCGGGGCCUGGAUGGAGCCAGCCUCCGACGGCAGCCAGUGGGCGGGGGACGGGCGCUGGCCGGCAGCUCGCGCGGUGGUGCAGCUGGCCGAGGCCUUGCCCGCGGUCGUGGAGGACCACGAGAUCAGUCCAGACAGGGACUACUCCAGCGCGCUCGCCCCGGCGCCCCACGCCCUGAGCCCGGAGGCGCUCGACACGGUGCUGGGCGGCGCGCUGGGGCUCGGCCCGUGGCGAGGGCUGCUGCGCCUGCGCUGGCCCCCUCCCGAGCCCGAGCCGGGCGACGAGGAUCAGCUGGUCGGGCCCGACGGGCAGGCACUGCCGCGCGUCGCGACCCCGCCUCCGGGCGGCUCCGCCGCGGGCGCCGCGGAAGGCCCCUGGGAGCCCUGGCACCCGCCACCUCCUUCGCCGCCGCGGGCGGCCGCCGUCGGAGCUGGCGACGUCGCGGGCCCGCAGGCCGCCCGCCUGCAGCACGCCGCCGUCGCCGCCGCACGCAGGCAGGCCCCGGCGCCCGGGCGCCCGGCCGCUGGUGGCGGCCGCGGGCGAGGCGGGCGCGGCAACGCCGGGGGCGCGUUCGAGCUGGGCGACUCGGCCGACGAGGAGUCGGGCGGCCUCCCCGAGGGCCGUCGUGGCCCCGCCCGCUCGCGAGCGGCAGCGGGCCAGGGUCGCACCACCGUCGCCUCGCUGGCCGCGACCUUGGAGCGGCUGGCGGAGUCCAACCAGGAGGUGCUGCGGCGCGUUGCGGCGCUGGAGAGCGCGGGCAGUGGCGAGCCCCCCCUGCCGCCGCCUUUCGAGGCGCCGCCGCCCAGUGCCGCCGCGCCCGCUGGCCCGACGCAUCCGCAGGUGCUGGGGCCGUCGCGAGGUGCCGCCGCCGAUCGCGCCGCCGUGGACUGGGCCCUGCACACGGCGGGGGCUCCACCGCUGGCGCGCUUCGGGCAGCCGGUCGGCGUGGCUGGCGCCCCGCCAGCUGGGGUCCCGGCGAGCGGCGGAGGUUCCGCCGCCCUUGCGAGGGCCGCGGGCCCGGCAGCUGCGCCGGCGGCAGGAACGGGCUUCCCCCUCAACGCGGCGCAGGUGGUGCAGGCCAGGGCCAACUUCGCCCGCCACCACGGCGUCCCGUUUGCCGACGUCUCGGAGGGCGAGGUGCGCAGGUCGCCGGAGGGCAUCGUGGCGUGGUGCCAGGCCGGCGUUGCAGCACCCGCUGGCGCGCCGGCAGGAGCAGCCGCCGCCGCGGCGCCGCCGCCCGCGGGCGCGUCGCCGGCCGAGCUGGCGGCGCACUGGGCUGCCGUGGCAGAGCUGCAGCGGAUGCCUGCUGGCGCCGCGCCCGCCGCGCUGGCCGGGCUUCUGCAGCCGGGCCUCGACGAUGGGUCCGCCGCUGCUGGCAAGAUGCCCGGGGCCCGCGGCGCCGCCAGCAUGGAGAUGCUGCGGCGCGACCUGCAGGCGCGGCCGACGGCCUGGACGUCAAUCAUCAGGGGGAACGCGGAGCUGGCGCUGGCGGGGACCUCGGACGACCCCGACCCGAGGGUGCGCAGCAUGGUGGAGUUCGUGGUGCGCACCGGGACGAUCAAUCGGGGCAACAGGACGGCCGCCUACCUCGGGUUCGGCAUCGCGCGAGUGGCCGACCUCAUGGCACGGGGCCAACACGAGAUGGCGGAGGCGCUCAUCCUGCUGCUGUUGACGGCGCUGGAGCAGGCCCAGCGGGACAACGGGCGCUGGCAGCUCGCGUGGCUCCUCACGCAUCUGCCGGAGCCCCCGUGGGCGCAGAUGACGGCCGGCACGGGCGGGAGCGUCGACAGCCUGCGGCCGUUCGGGUACCUGGCGGACGCUACGUGGUCGACGGCGGCGAUGGCCUACACGAAGGACGCCGCGUCCCUGGCGGAGAUCAGGAAGAAGUUCAACGACGACCGCGGGGGCGGCAAGAGGGCCGGCUUGCUGGCGGACCUCGAGGCCGGGGUCCCGCGGGCGCAGAUCGGCAUGGUGCGCCGCCUCCUCAGGUCCAGGACCAGGCUGGGCUACUUUUUGUAUUCGUGCAUGCAGUUCUCCGGUGCCCCGUCGGAGUCCCCGACGCGUACCUGCUUGAAGUUGUUCCCGAUGGCGCCGCCCUACCCGUGGACCAUCGGCACCCCUCCGUACACCAGCCCGCGCUGCAGGGAGCGUUGGAAGAAGUUGCAAGUGGCCAAGCUGCAGGUCAACCUGAUGGUGGUCGCGUGCUCUUUCCUGGCGCUUGGCUCGCAGCGCUGGUGCCCGGCAUCGUGCAGGACGGGGAUGGGCUUGUCGGAGGUGCAGCGGGAGCGGGUCCCCCACCUCCUGGCCCUUGCCAAGCAGUUGGGCCGCACGCCCUACGACAUGAGCGGCCGCGGCAAGAUGAAGCUACAUUCGCUUCUGCAAUUCGCUAUGCAACUUCGCGGAGCCGCCCCCGGGCAGCAGGUGCGAGCUCCGCCCCCUCUUGCGGUGGCGCCCUUCGUGGCCAGCCGCGCGACCUUCUGCAAGCAGGAGGCCCACUUCGACCCCGUCUAUCACCUGCCGGUUUUCGAGGCGGCCGCCUACCUGGGCCCCGCGAUGAUCGAGAGGGCCCGGCCGCUGGACCACGGGCUGAAGACUAUGAGGCAGACUGGCAGUAUGACCGAGAUCGUCGCUUUCGCGACCGACCUGGACCGCUCCCACAAGCUGUACUUGGCGAAGCCCGAGGAGGUGGACAUGGACCAGGCGUGCAAGCUCAUACCCGUUUAUCGGGACCAGCAGCGGGACCGGAUCGUCUGGGAUCGCCGUAUCAGGAACGCUGCCGAGCAUCCCCUCCAGUCGGGUAGUCAGCGCCUGGUGUCAGCGCACGCGCUGUGCGACUACGAGCUGGACGACGGAUGCGUGCCCGUGCUGUUCGCCGAGGACGUCUCCGACUUCUACCCCUCUUUCGACGCGACGCCCGCCAAGGCACGCACGAACAUCCUGGGGCGGAAGGUGCCCACCCACAUGCUGAGGCACACGCGGGCGUUCGCAGAGCGCGGCUCCGAGCUGGGCGAGUACUGCGUGGUGUGCCUGCUGCAGAUCGACGACCACAUCGGCCUGGGACAGCGGGUGCGUGGCUCGCGGCGCUUGCCGGCUGCGCUGGUGCAGUCCUUCGACGGCGCCCGCGCGCAGUAUGCGAAGGAGGGCCUCGUGGCGGCGGACGACAAGCGCGUGGCGGGGGCCUCGGCGGGCUUCGCGCUGGGCGCCGAGCUGCUGUCUUCAGGGCAUAUCGGGGCGGAAAGGCUGCGCCGGGCUGGCCUGGCGCUUUUGUCCUCUGGCAUCGCUGCCCACGGCCUCGUGUCGGGAGCCCUGCUCAGGAGGACGGUGGCUAGCUGGGUGCAUGUGGUGGGCUUUCGUCGUCCUGCUAUGUGCUUGCUGGACGAGGUGUUUCGCUCACUGCCGGAGGUGCCGCGCGACGACGACGUCUUCGAGCUCGGCGCCGGCGCCAGGCAGGAGCUGAUGUUGCUGUCCAUGCUGGCACCCACGUUCGUCACCAACCUCAAGGCCCAGGUCGCGAGCAGGGUCGUGUGCAGCGACGCGUCGCAUCUCUGCAUGGCGUCGGUCGUGGCGGACGUGGCGCAGCCCAUCGUGCGCGAGAUCUGGCGGCAUCGCGACCAGCGCGGGUGGUACACGCAGCUGAACAGUAAGGAGGUGGCCUACAUCCGCGCGCACAAGCGCCUGGAGGACAGAGCGUGGCUGCAGGAUAUCGACGAGGAGCUGCUGCCUGGCGUGAAGGUGCCGCGCUGGCACCUCCUCGAGGUCUUCGAUGUGCUGGAGGUGUGCAGCGGGCGCGACGCCCCUUGGUCUCGGGCGCACGCAGCGGCUGGCCUGCGGGUGGGGCCCAGGAUCGACCCCAAGACGCACCCGAUAUGGGACUUACGCUCCAUCCGCAUCGUGGAGUGGAUCCUGUUCCUGAUCAUCAACGGCCGGGUCGCCUACGUGCAGUGCGCCCCGCCGUGCAGGACCUUCUCGUUGGCUCGGCAGCCCAGACUUCGCUCGCGCACCCAUCCGCUAGGCCUGGACCCCAGCGACGAGGACACGCUCCUGGGCACCGUCCUGCUUUUCAGGUGCCUGCUCAUCCUGUGGACGGCGCGGCGCUACCGCAGGCACGGGUCCCUGGAGCACCCUGCUUGGGCCUACACAUGGUACGUGCAGCAGGUGAUGGCGCUGUUCGCGAAGCCGGGCUGUGGCAUGCUGGUCUUCGCGGCCUGCUCGUUCGGGGCCCCGUUUCAGAAACCGACCAAGCUGGGCCUGGUGCACUGCGACUUCUUGAUGCCGUUGGCCCGCCCAUGCGUUCACGGGCGGAAGGCCCACCGCAGCCCGCUGGUGGGAGCCGCCCGCACCGCCCCUGCGGCUGCCUACUCGGCCAGGCUGUGCGACGAGUGGGCGGAGCUGACCCGCGCGCAGCUGGCCGCCGAGGCGCCCCUGGUGGGGGUGGAGCCGGCGCCGGAGGCUACGGCGGGGCGGCUAGAGCAGCCGUUCGUCAACGACUUGAUCCGCUGCUGCCGCUGGAGGGCCUUCACUUGCGAGCCGUGCCCGCCGGUGACGCACAUCAACAGGCUGGAGGUGCGCGCGCACUUGAGGGCGCGCGGGAAGGCCGCGCGGGAGCAGCCCGGGACCAGGCAGCCGUUUCUGCUGGACUCGACCGUCGCGCUGGGGGCCUGUGCCAAGGGCCGUUCGGCAUCGCAUGCACUCAACGACGACCUGAAGGUAGGCCUCCCCGACGUCCUGGGCUUCGACGUGUACCCGGGGUACGACUUCGCACCCACGCGCCUGAUCCCCGCCGACGGCCCGUCGCGGGGCCGAGGGAUAGCGCCCCCCUCGGCCGCACGCCCGCCCUGGUGGAGCUCGGCGGCGGUGGGGGACCUGGGCGGCCUCGACCAGUGGACGCGGGUGCCCCGGCAGCGGCGUGCGGAGUCGGAGUGGUGUCGCAUGGCGCUGAAGCUGGUGCAGCUGUGGACGCUGAAGGACUUCGACAGCACGCUCGGCUACCCAGGCGAGGGCCCUGGGAGGACGCUCGCCGUGGUCUGGCUCAGCCUUGUCAUGAUGACGGGAGGCGCGCGCAUGCGCCGGCUCCUCCUGCAACAGUUCGAGACGUGGCUGAUGGCGCUGGACGGCGGCUGCUCCGUGGCCGAGCUGGUGGUGCAGCUGCCGCGGGUGGUCUCCAGCAUCGUCGCCUCGUACGGGCAGGUGCUCUACUCGCGGGGCCGCAGCCUGAAGCACUACACGGAGACCAUCAACGCGAUCGUGGACACCGAGCGGUCCCUGCGCAGGCACAUGGGCGCGGCGUGGGACGUGUCGGCGGCGUGGCAGUUCGCGGUGCCGACGCGCCACCGGUAUCCCACGCCUCUGCCGGUGCUGCGGGCGCUGGUGGCGCUGGCGCUCAGCUGGCAGUGGAUCGACAUGGCCGUCCUGAUCUUCCUGGCGUUCACGUGCAUGCUGCGCCCAGGCGAGGCGCACGGCCUGAGCUACUCGGACCUGCUGCUGCCAUCCCAGCUGAUGUCCGAGUCCGAGGUGUGCUACGUGAAGGUGCGCGAGCCUAAGGCUCGCUGGGCGGUGGCGCGCAUGGAGCACGCCAGGUGUGACGAGGUGGCGCUGGUCAGGCUGCUGGAGCGCCUGGCCGUCGGGCGGCCGCGCGGGGAGAAGGUCUUCAGGGGCACCUACCAGCACUUCCGGAGGUGCCACGACGCCCUCGUGCAGUUCUUCGGCAUCGCGGCCACGGAAGCGCACGGCCUGACGCCGGCGUCGCACCGUGGGGGAGGCGCCACUUUCUUCUUCCAGCAGAGCGAGGACCUGCCGCGUACGCAGUGGCGCGGCAGGUGGAGGCAGCUAAAGUCCAUGGAGAUCUACAUCCAGGAGGUCGCUGCCGUCGCGUUCGUGCCGAACCUGACGCAGGCCUCGCGUGAGCUUGUGGGCAGGUUUGCCGCCGCUCUGCCCGGCCUGCUCGCUCGCGCCACCGCCUCUGUAACGUCGGCGUGGCCCGAGCGUGGCAAAAUCUGA